AUGCCGCGUCGCUUCGCGGCUUGGUUGCCCCUUCCACGAUCUCCCACGUCGUCUUGCUCACUCGAACACCCAUACAUGAAUCAAACCCGCGACCCGAAUAGGUUCUGGGACUGGGAUGGUUGGGAGGAUGCUGGCAUCGAGCUUGAUUGGUGGGGCGGACGCCCAGAUGAUCCCGCAAACGCCGCCGGAUGGGGAGAGUGGGCACUUCUCGCUCACCACGGUGGCUGGGGAGACGGUAACAACGACGGCGGAUGGGGAAAUGGAAACGAGAACGGAGGUUGGGGAGGCGGCAACAACGUUGCGUGGGGAGGCGGCAACAACGUUGCGUGGGGAAACGACAACAACAACAACGGAUGGGGAAACGUCGACGACAACGCUGGGUUGGACGGCUUGCAGGAGAACGCUCAAGCGGCAGGACAGAUAGCCGCUGGCGAGAUGGAACCCGACGCGGAAGACGGCGCGAACGUCGAGCUCCCACCUGUAUCAAUGACUCUCAAUCAACCGGAGGCGGCUGGGUCGCUCCAUUUUGACAUGGCGGUCUACAUCCUCAAGUCGUUUUUGCCGCCGUUAGACGAGCUGCCUCUCACGAUCCUGGGGACGCUGCUCAGCGCGGGAUGCUUUGUCACGAUAACGUCGGCUAUGGCGGCGUCGCGCAUCUGGUAUAGCGCAGCCAUGAUGACAUGCGCGCUGUGGGGCGGGCUUAUGGUCUUGGCAAGGUCUGAACGGCAGUGGGUCGCGCUGAAUGCGCUGGCUCGCGAUGCGCCGAGACGACUCUUGUACACCGAUCGCCUACCCGACGCGCUGCUAGAUUCCGUAUUGCAUCUAGCACAUGCUGUAUACGCUCCCGCACUCUCUACGUGGCGACAUUGGGGGCUCGUGCUGCAAGGCCUUACGAUGCCAUACGUAGAAGCCCUUCUACUUGGCCCCAAUGAAGACUCGAAACCCCCCGGUCGGUUACCGAGUCCCGACCAGCCCUUGUCCGCCCCACGCCUCAGGAAACUUCGCCUGUCGUCGCCUGCCGUCGUCCUGGCACAGCGGCUUCAGUCGUUUGUGGCAUUAAACUUCGCCCCCGACCAGAUCGUCGUCGCCAUCAGGGAAAUGCCACACCUUAUUCACCUCGAAAUACGCCGCGUCAUCUCAGACGACGCCAUAGACUGGACUGCACUCCUCUCAGAGGGGACGUGGAGCAUGUUGCAGCAUCUCUGCAUCGUAUGCGACGCGCACCAGAAUCAGGCGUUGGCCUACCGUACGACUCCCAUAUCCACGCCCCGCUUGCGCGGGAUGUACGCGACCAGCGCCGUGCUGGCGAACGCUCCUAUGCUGGAGGAUCUCCACGCCGUUCGUGUGCGCUACGUGGAUUACGCGCGUAUGCUGCAACACGCGCCUUCAGUCGUGUCCGCCACAUUACGCGGUUCCACUGGCGUGCGUCUGCCGACCCUCUACUCCAACGUUUGGCCCACGGCUAAGGUGGUUCUGGGCGCAUUGGAGAGCUUCAGAAUCUACGGCGACGUAUGCGAUUAUAGGGGCGACGUCUUCUCGGCCAUCUCCGUCCCAAACGCGCGCGAGAUACGCUUGGUAUGCGACAUGUCGGCGCCUCCAAACCAUCAGGCAGCGGUAGAGGUCGGCGCGCUUUUGCGCAUGGUUCUACGCCUGAAUUCGGACGUUCCUGAGUUGAUGAGGGCGUUGCAGCACGCUAAGCGAGGUCUCAGGUUGUCUGGCCACUCGGACCUGUCAUCAUCCGUGGAACACCUGAUCCGCGGGUUUCUUCAGUCGUCGCCUGCAGAGAGAAGGAGCGGAAUUCAAGACUUAGCGGACCAAGUCAAACGGCGUGUGGACAACCCCGUUACGUCUCAUGCUGAAGAUGCGCUACGCGCGGCCGUAAAAGCAGCUGCCCAGGCUCUGGACGUCAACGUCGCCCAAGCUCAAGAGCUGGAUGCACAUUUGGUCAUUGAGGGAAUGUCAGACGGGGUACACUACACCACGAUGUUAUGCCAUCGCCGCGGCUACUCGCAGACCAUUCUUGUUUGCAUGACCAAGCCCAGUACGGUUCUCGGGUUGCCUGGAAGUGCUACGUGGGAGCGGCGGGACUCUCUAACACUGGCCGCCUCUCGAAUGCUAGAGAGCCUCCGAUUACUCGCUGUGAGAGGUAUCCACGUUAAGAAGGGAUGCUUCGAUGCAUUCGCAACGGUUACCCGGACCUACGAAGACGUUGACGCCCUUUCCUCAACACUUGCGCGGUACAUAGCGCUGCGUACUCUGCGUUUCACGUUCGAUUCGUCCACCGUCGGUCGCACCUUCUUACAAGCCCUCGAUCGACACGUUCUACCUGCCCUGUCUUCUAUGCGCGUGGAAGCUCCUGAAGUGGUCAGCGCCGCACCUAGCCAUACUGACUGGUUCGUGGAGUUGGAGGCGGCCCUGAAGCGUUGGUCGGCGGAUGGUCGCCGUCUACAGCUUCUUGAGAUCAGGGGCGGACUCUGCUUAUGCCAGUUAUGGCUCGAGCGGGUUCGCUCUUUGGUGCACGUAUUGGACGUGCAGGUCGCUUGCACCAAUGGCAUAAGGGACGUGUGCAUCUUCUGUCGUCCGGCUGAGGUUACCGAAUUCUGGCCAUAA